AUGCAAAUGGGGAACCUGCCUGAGGGCCCCAGCUCAGCACAAGGCUUUGCACCUCUCCGGGGCACCCGUCAGCUGGAUGUCCGAUCUACAUGCAUAUUUUCACAACUAUUGGCACCCAUGCUCUGUACUAAUCUGUCAGAGCAUCUAAAAAGCUGGGUUAUAGUUUUUUCGGGGACCCGGUCCUCACGUGUUGGGCGGGGAGCUGCGGUCCACGCAGUGAGCAGCGAGGCCUCCGGCCUCGGCGGUGAAGGCGUCGUGGACCGAGGCGACAUACCCUGGCCGAGUGGAGAGGGGUCGGGAGGCCAGCGAGGGCCGGGGGGGUCAGCUCCGGCUCAGGCUCCCCUGCUCAGGGCGCCCCCGGGGUCCGAGCGGCUAGAGGGCAUCUCGGUAGAGGAGGUCAUGGUGGCCCGGAUGCAGCUGCUGGAGGAAGAGCUGAGCAGCCUCAAGGAGGAGCUGGCCCUGUGUCAGGCUGAUAAAGAAUUUGUAUGGUCUUUGUGGAAACGUCUCCAAGUGACAAACCCAGAUAUCACACAAACAGUCAGUUUGAUUGUGGAAAGAAGAUGUCAACUUAAGUUGGAAACACAGACCCAUAACUUUGACGGCGCCUUGGGCCGGGAACUUGCACACACAGUGGGUGAUGAUCCUUAG